UCCAAAUCCGGAAACAAUUUUUUUUCUAUAACAAAUGGGUUGCAUCAGCUCCAAGAAUGUCUCAUGUUUAACGGACCAGGGUGAGUCACCGGUCCCCGAACCUGGCUUGAUUUCCACGAGCCAGCAACAUCGAGUUCUUAUUGAUCAUUCUUUGGAGGCGAGUCACAAUUGCAAGCGUUCAAGAAAAUCAAGGAGAUUGGGCGGUUCUGAUUUGAGGAUUGGUGUGAGCCUUGGAUUGUCUCAUAGGAAUUUAGAGGCUGAGCAAGCGGCUGCUGGUUGGCCGGCUUGGCUUUGUUCCGCUGCGUCUGAGGCUGUCCAUGGUUGGGUUCCUUUAAAGGCAGAGGCGUUUCAGAAGUUGGAGAAGAUUGGACAAGGAACAUAUAGUAGCGUGUUUCGAGCACGGGAAGUAGAAACGGGAAAAAUGGUGGCAUUGAAGAAGCGUGGCACUGCUUCAUCUGCACUUAACUCCGAGUAUUUCUUGACGAGGCCUUAUGCGUGUGAUCCUUCUUCACUGCCUAAAUAUCCUCCAAACAAAGAAAUGGAUGCUAAAUAUCGUGACGAUAUGCGCAGGAAAAGAGCAAACCUCAAGUUGCGAGAUUCAGGAGUUGGCAGGAAACACAAGAGACCACAUAGAGCAGAAUACGAUCCAAAGAAUUACGCUAAGUUACCAAUAAGACAGGACACGCUUGAGGUUAAGAACAAACCAAAUGAGGCAUCUCGAGCCACUACAACAACACAUGGAAACUACUACAAAGUAUCUGACCUCCCAAUGACCACGGGACCAGCCAGCGGUUUUGCGUGGGCGGUGAAAAGACGAAAAGAUCCUGAUAAUAUCUCCACUCUUACCUACUAUCAACCCAGCUCAAAGAGUCAAUUGAGUGGAACAAGUGUUGCAUUUGCAAAGAACACUUUCGGUUUGAACUUGAAACCAGAUGAUGACUCAGUUUGGGAGGUUCAGGGAGACAACUAUGAUGAUGAUAUCGAAGAGGUUCCUAGUGAGAGUAAGCUUAGCCGUAUUGGGGAACGGCACGGAUCACUUGAUGGUUCUGGUUUGGAUUUUGGCCAAAGAGAGGAGGAUUCUCCAAAGAAAAAUUUAGAGCAUCUACAAUUUGGAAAACAGAGCAUAUCAGGACCGUUGAUUUUUAAAUCAGGAAAGAUUGAUGAGAUUUUGCAAAGGAAUGAAAGUAAUAUCCGGCAAGCUGUCAGAAAAUCCCAUUUUCAGAGGGAACAAGAUGACAGAUAAACCGGGAAGGCAAACUACCGAGAAAGACAAAAGUCC